AUGAAUUACUGUGAGAGGAAGGACCCUUGCAAUACCUACCGUGUGUUGGAUGAUCCUUGGAGAUCCCCAGACAAUCGAUAUCCCUCCCAAUAUGUGUGUGACACAUCUAAAAGCUGGGUCGGCUGGUAUCGUCUCUUCGUUAAUGGUCAGAGCGCUCAGAUGUCAGACACAUGUGUUCCUUCGUAUAGCUGUGGCACUUAUGUCCCGCUGUGGCUGAAUGGAGCACAUCCAACAGUUCAGGAUGGAGUAGUGACCCGAGAUGUCUGUGGUAGCUGGAACAAUUACUGCUGCUUUCUCCAAAUCAGUCCCAUUAAAGUCAAAGCCUGUCCAGGAGGUUAUUAUGUCUAUGAGAUUGGGAAGCUAUAUACGUAUUGUAUGGCAUAUUGUGCAACACCAGAAGUAUUUUACCCAUUUGGCUCAGCAGCAGGAGACACAAUAAAUCCUGCUGUUGGUAAUGGAAGCUCAUCUGUAAUUCAGCUGUUGAAUCCAUUUCUGUUCUUUGGUCGCACAUACCAGCAGAUUUAUGUCAAUAAUAAUGGACACCUCACGUUUAACCAGCCUUCAUCAGCAUAUACUCCCUACUCAUUUCCCGCAAAUAGAAGCCAAGAUAUAAUUGCUGGUCUCUGGACAAACCUUGACAACAGUGUGAAAGGUGUUGUUUCAUAUCAUCAGUACACCAGUGGAAAUGUUCUCACAAAUGCCACUCACCAUAUAAACACACAUUUCCCAAAUCUGACCUUCACCGGGUCUACAUGGGUCUUUGUUGUGACGUGGAAUAAAGUCGCUUACUUCAAUUUAACCAGCACAGAAGCAUUGUUUCAAGUGGUUUUAAUUUCAGGCAGUAAUUAUUCAUUUAUUCUGAUGAAUUAUGGUGACAUUGCUGUAACUGGACAUCCAGUGGAGGCUGGUUAUGACACAAUAAACUCCACACACUACUUUGUGAUUCCUGGAUCAAACAAUGGGAGCUUCAUCUCAAACCUCAGGAACUCCAGUAAUGUCAAUGUUCCCGGUCGAUGGGCCUUCAGGGUGGACAGUGGACCAAGAAACAGCAUAUUGAAAAGUAAAAACCCCUGCUACAAAUACACUGUACUGGAUGAUCCUCAGAGAUCCAGAGACAAUCGAUAUUCCACCCAAUCAAUCUGUGACUUUAAUGUCAACUGGGUUGGCUGGUGUCGUCUCUUCAUUUAUGGUCAGAAUGCUCAGAUGCCAGACACAUGUGCUCCUUGGUAUAGCUGUGGAACUCAUAGCGCACUGUGGUUGAACGAAGCACAUCCAACAGUUCAGGAUGGAGUGGUGACCCGUAGUGUCUGCGGUAGCUUGUCGAAUAACUGCUGCUAUUUCCAGUCCAAUGCCAUUAAAGUCAAAGCCUGUCCAGGAGGAUAUUAUGUCUAUGAGUUUGUGAAACCAAUUGGCUGCAAUUUUGCAUACUGUGCAGCUGCAACAACACCUUCAACAACAACACCUGCUUCAACAACAUCUGAAACAACGACACCCGCUUCAACAACCACAGCCCUGCCCUAUGACCCCUGCUAUAACUACACUGUGCUGGAUGAUUUACGGAGAGCCACCAGCAAUCAAUUACAAUCAUCAUAUUAUGCUCAAUAUACCUUUAAAUUAUUGUGUGACACUGAUGUCAACUGGGUUGGCUGGUAUCGUCUCUUCAUUCGGGGCCAGAGCGUUCAGAUGCCAGACACAUGUGUUGAUCAGCUAAGCUGUGGCACUCACGCCCCACUGUGGCUGAACGGAGCACACCCAACAGUUGAGGAUGGAGUGGUGACUCGAGAUGUCUGUGGUCACUGGUUGAAUAACUGCUGCCAUUUCCGAUCAAAUCCCAUUAAUGUAAAAGCCUGUCCAGGAGGUUAUUAUGUCUAUGAGUUUGUAAGGGCAGUUAACUGCUAUUUGGCAUACUGUGCAGAUGUUAGGAACAUUACCAUCAAUAAUCAUACUGCCACUCCAGAGUCAACCUUGGCAGCACCAGCAAUAUUCUACCCAUUCGGUUCAGCAGCAGGAGACACAAACAACACUGCUGUUGAAGAUGGAAGCUCCCCUGUUAUUCAGCUGUUGAGUCCAUUUCUGUUCUUUGGUCGCACAUACCAGCAGAUUUAUGUGAAUACUAAUGGAUACCUCACAUUCAACCAGCCUUCAAAUGAAUAUGUUCCCUACUCAUUUCCCACUCAAGGAAGCCAAGAUAUAAUUGCAGGUCUCUGGACUGACCUUGACAACCGUCAAAGAGGUGUUGUUUCAUAUCAUCAGUACACCAGUGGAAAUGUUCUCACACGCGCCACUCGGGAUAUAAACACACAUUUCCCAAAUCUGAACUUCACUGCUUCAUGGGUGUUUGUUGCAACAUGGAAUAAAGUCGCUUACUACGCUUUGACCAACACGGAAACAUCGUUUCAAGUGGUUUUAAUUUCAGGUAGCAAUUAUUCAUUUAUUCUGAUGAAUUAUGGUGACAUUGCUGUAACUGGACAUCCAGUGCAGGCUGGUUAUGACACAGUAAACUCCACACAAUACUUUGUGAUUCCUGGAUCAAUCAAUGGGAGCUUCAUCUCAAACCUCAGGAACUCCAGUAAUGUCAAUGUUCCUGGACAAUGGGCCUUCAGGGUGGAUGGUGAACGCAACAUUUCUAAAGCCAUUGCACAAACAACAAAUGCACCAACAACAUCUCUAACAACACAGGCAGCAGCAUUAACGAUAUUCUAUCCAUUCGGCUCGGCGGCAGGAGACACAGAACGUUUUAUUAAUUACAAUGAAAGCUACGAUUAUGUUGCCCUCUCAACUCCAUUUUCUUUCUUUGGCCGCACGUACAAUCACACAUAUGUUAAUAGUAACGGACUCCUUACAUUCAACCGAGCUUUACCAGGAGCUCAACCUUACCCUUUUCCCACAUACGGAACUGAAGAUUACAUUGCUCCGCUCUGGACUGACCUUAAUGAUUUUGGGAUGGGCGUUUAUUCAUAUCAGCAGUACACAAAUGGAAGUGUUCUCACUCGCGCCACUCAGGAUAUAAACAGGUAUUUCCCUCAGAGGGCUUUCACUGCUUCUUGGGUCCUUGUUGCGACGUGGGACUUUGUUCAAACACGGAAUACAAGUCUAUUUAUUUCUCAUUCAGCACCGGCAAUCACAUUUCAAGUGAUUUUAAUUUCAGGAGGUGGUUUUUCUUUUGUUCUGAUGAAUUAUGGUGACUGUGUUGCCAUAUCUUUUCCAGUGGAGGCUGGAUAUGACACUGUAAACUCCACAAACUUCUUUCAAAUUCAUUAUUCAACUAAUGGCAGCUCCAUCCCAGUCCUCAAGAACACGACUAAUAUAGACCUUCCUGGUCGUUGGGCCUUUCUUGUGAACAGCGGAUCAGCGCCAGAAAUAUUCUACCCAUUCGGCUCAUCAGAAGACAGAAGAAAUGCUGCUGUUGAUGAUGGAGGCUCUUCUGUUAUUCAGUUACACAGUCUGUUGAGUCCAUUUCUGUUCUUUGGCCGCACAUACCGGCAGAUCUAUGUUAAUAAUAAUGGACACCUCACAUUUGACCAGUCUUCAUCACAAUUUGUCCCCUACCCCUUUCCUGCUAAUGGAAGACAAGAUAUAAUUGCAGGUCUCUGGACUGACCUUGACAACCGUGUGAGAGGCGUUGUUUCACAUCGUCAGUACACCAGUGGAAAUGUUCUCACACGCGCCACUCGGGAUAUAAACACACAUUUUCCAAAUCUGAACUUCACUGCCUCCUGGGUCUUUGUUGCAACUUGGGAAAAAGUUGCUUACUUCAGCUUAACCAGCACAGAAACGUCGUUUCAAGUGGUUUUGAUUUCAGGCAGUAAUUAUUCAUUUAUUCUGAUGAACUAUGGUGACAUUGCUGUAACUGGACAUCCAGUGGAGGCUGGUUAUGACACAAUAAACUCCACACACUACUUUGUGAUUCCUGGAUCAAACAAUGGGAGCUCCAUCUCAAACCUCAGGAACUCCAGUAAUGUCAAUGUUCCCGGUCGAUGGGCCUUCAGGGUGGACAGUGGAUCGAGGUCAAACAAAGUGAACAUCAUUGGACUUAAAGCAAAACUCUCCUCAUUUUCUGACUUAACAGAUACUGGAAACAGUCAGAUAAUUUUACAGCAAAUAAAACAGGAGCUGGUCAAGUACGGUCUGCCAAACAGUGUCGAGCUAAAGUUAAGAAAAGCAGAAAAAAUAAAAACAAGAUUCUUACUUUUUCACUUUGUCAAGCUUGUUAUCAUGAGAAUCCUUGCAGUUUCGCAAAAUAUGUUGCUCAUCAUAAUUAUGUCGGUGCUGUCACCAAGCUUUGCACAAACAACUCCAGCACCACAAACAAAUAUCAGAUUGGUGAAUGGUUACAGCUACUGUUCUGGAAGACUGGAGGUUUUCAUUAAUGGAAUUUGGGGAACUGUGUGUGAUGAUCAGUGGUCUUCUCUGAAUGGCCAGAAUGCCGCAGUGGUGUGUAGACAGCUUGGCUGUGGGAAAGUUGUGCUGUCACUAGAAUCCUUUGGACAAGGUUCAGGGCAAAUAUGGAUGGAUGAGGUACGGUGCAGCGCAACUGAUACUGAACUUCAAAACUGUGCAUCAUCGGGAUGGGGAGUACAUGAUUGUGGACAUCAUGAAGAUGUUGGAGUCGUCUGCGAAGAAGUAUUCUAUCCAUUUGGUUCAGCUGCAGGAGACACAAAUAACAGUGCUUCUCUUGAUGGAAGCUCGUCUGAUAUUCAGCUGUCGAGUCCAUUUCUGUUCUUUGGCCGCACAUACCAACAGAUUUAUGUGAAUAAUAAUGGAUAUCUCACAUUCAGCCAGCCUUCAACACAGAACGUCCCAGACAACUUUCCCACGUAUGGAAGCCGAGAUAUAAUUGCUGGUCUUUGGACAAACCUUGACAACCGUCUGAGAGGUGUCAUUUCAUUUCGUCAGUACACAAAUGGAAGUGUACUCACACAUGCCACUCAGGAUGUAAACACACAUUUCCCAAAUCUGACCUUCACCGCUUCAUGGGUCUUUGUAGCAACAUGGGAUACAGUUGUUUAUUUUAACACAAGCACAGAAACAUCGUUUCAAGUGGUUUUAAUUUCAGGUGGCAAUUUUUCAUUUAUUCUGAUGAAUUAUGGUAAUGUUGCUGCAACAGGACAUCCAGUGAAGGCUGGUUAUGACACAGUCUACUCAACUGACUACUUUGUAAUUCCUGGGUCAAACAAUGGGAGCGUUAUUCCAACCCUCAAGAGCUCCAGUAAUGUCAAUUUUCCAGGACGAUGGGCCUUUAAGGUGGACAGUGCAUCAAAGUCAAACAAAGACUAUGUCAUUGGACUUAAAGUGAAGCUUUCCUCAUUUUCUGACUUAACAGAUACUGGAAACAUUCAGAUCGUUUUACAGCAACUAAAACAAGAGCUGGUCAAGUACGGUUUGCCAAACAUCAUCAAGCUGAAAUUAAGAAAACUGCAAAAGACAAAGCUAUAAUAUAAACAGUCUUGUUAGGUUGUUAGACAGCCAAUAUCUAAUAGAUCAUGUGUAUUUUAAGCUUUAAAAGCGACAUAAAACAGCAUAGAUACAGUAGCUUACAGCGGUGAAUAACGUGAAUAAC